AUGGUCCGGCGAGGCGGCUGGCGCAGGAAGAUUGUGGCUGCCGUCGUCUUAAUUCUGAUAAUCCUUUUCACUAUCGAUUACCAAUUGAGUGAAACUUUGGAUGACUCUUUGGUUGCCUUGGAACCGUUCUCAACCGACGAGAAGUAAGUCUUUUUUUUUAGAGUAAUCUACUGUUUUGAACUUGGUUCAUUGAUUUCAAAUUUUUCAGUGAAAAGAUAGUGGUGGGCAGAAAGAUUUUCAAGCCGCUGGAAAAUGGCCAAAAUGUGAAGUUUGUUCAAAUUGCUGCAAAAAUUUAUGCUUCGACAUCUUUUUUGGACGAGCGCAAUGGCAACAUGGGCUAUCCAUUCGUACGAGUUCUUGUGAGUUUUAUAUUUUUUUUAAUUUUCUGUGAAAAAAUUUCAGUUUAAUCGUGUAACACGCUCUUCAUAGAGCUCAUUUUACUUUUUUCUAAUGUCAAUAAUUUUUAAAUCUUUUAACUUUUUUUCGACUUUUCACAGAGUCAACCUUGCUAAAAAGGGUCUAAAUUGACGUUUUAUUAAUUUGUAUUACCUGCAUAUUCUCAUAAAUUGAUAAAAAAAAAAGAACUUCAGAUGGUCAUGAGAAACUCAGAAGACUUCAAGUGCAAGUUUGGAGAAAAAGAAUCGCCAGUGACGUCGGUUUAUGAGUUGUCGGAAAAUCAUAACAUGCACAUGAGGACGUACAUUUUGAACUGCAAGAUCCCGGCCAGCGUAGAAAUUGACUCUUUGGAAACCUUCCAGGUAUAAUUUUUUGGUUUAAAUGUUUUUUUCGAUAGCUUCAAUCGAGCUUUAGGACUUUUUUUUUGUGGAGAUUUUGAAGUUUUUCACUUUUUUUUUGUGUUUAUUUUCAGCUUUUCAACUUUUAUUUUUCUCUUCCACCUGUCGAACCUUGAGCUUAUUUUCCAUCAAAUUUUCUCCUAUUUUUCUCUGGGAUAACUGAGAAUUUUUUCAGAUAAAACUCACAAAAGAUGAGAAAUAUACGGACUUGAAUAUCACCUACCGUGUCCCAGAUGAGAAAAAGAUCAGCCAACAUCAAAUUUCCCUGUCAAUUUGCGUCCCAGCCUUAUUUGGUAGCGUUUACAAACCGCGGAGGAUUGUUGAGGUUAGCGAAGCCUGAAAUUCAAAUUCCAAGAAAUCUUCAGUUUGCCGAACUGAAUGCUCUACAAGGCGUUCAGCGAGUCUACAUCUACGGGCGCAAAUCGAUUUUCGAAGAUUUUUUGAACACGACUCUUCAAUUUUACGUUGAAAACAAGUAUUUCGCAUCAUUCAAAUUGGAGAAGGUCAAAAAAAUCUUAGUUUUUUCGAACUGGUCGAGAUAGAAUUACCUUUCGGCGACUCAGAGAUCUGGUACCACGGACAACUCAUUUCCAUCACUGGUAUAUCGCUUUUAGUGUCGAUUUAAUCCGAUUUCGAGCUUCAGACUGUCUUCUGCGCAACAUCGGAGUGUCAGAAUUCACCUCGUUCAACGACAUCGACGAGUUUUUCAUUCCCAUGGUCAACAAGACGCUUAUCGAGACGAUUAGGGACCUCUUUAGUGAAAAUACGGCUUCUUUGCGUGUCGUUGCACAAUAUAUGAGUCUAGUGUGGGUCUUUUAGAGAGUUAAAAAAAUCUUGUGAUUUUUUAGAAAUGGUUCUGAGCUUCUGACCCUCAAUAGCACGGUCACCAGCGAGCGGAUCGUUGAGAAACGACUUACGAAGUGUAUUUUGCGCCCUGAAAUGGUUUUCGAGCAGGUUCGUUAUCUAUUUUUCGUGUAUUGAAUAGAAAUAUGGACAUUAUGACUCACUAGUUAGUUGAGUUGUUUUUUUGAAUUGAUCCAAGUUUUUUUCUAAGUUCUAAGUUCUAAAAAAACGCCGGGUUUUCAACGGAAGAGUCAAUUUUCAACCUAGAAUUCAUUCCUGUUUCUAGUUUAGUUCAUAUUUUUUUAAAUGACGACUCUAAGUUGGUUUGUUGUCAUUUUUUUGAAAUCGAAAAAAUAUUGCAAAAUUUCGAAGUUUUUUAUUUUUGGUUUAUUUUUAUUACUUUUUGAAGUUUUCAUUUCGUCUCAGCUUUUAUGAAAUUCAAAAUCGAUUUAUGAUCUCAAUUUUUUUUUUGAUUUUUCGAAAAUCGAAAGCCACAGUUAUGAGGUCAUUUUUGCCCUCAUUCGAAAAUUGUCUAUUUAGUCUUUAUAAAUUUAUUAUAAAUUGUCCAUUUAUCUUUUCUGGAGUUUCAGUAAAGUCAAAGAACUUGUUUUUUUAUUGAUUACUUUAAUUUUUUUGCGUCGGGCAAAAUUCUGAAAUUUAUACAUUUUUUUGAAAGAUUCAUGUAAUAAUCAUCGGAACCUGAGCGGAAUAUUAAAAAAAGAAAUUUGAUUAGGAAAAAAAUGUAUUGCACGGUUUGUCGCUUUUGCGUUGAGAAAGUAAAUAAAUUGGCAUUUGAUCAAAAACUGCAGUCGGUCUUAAGUGACUUUUCUGUUAUUGAAAAAAGAGUGUCAUGUAAAAAUUAAGUCGUAGAAAGUUAAAAACAUAAACAUAUUUCAUUUUAACUUCCGCGGGAAUUUCCCAUCUUUCCAGGGAAUCCACCACACCAGCCGGGUCAUCCAAGACAACUACACGAGUCCGACUCACGACGGCUCCGAAGUCCGUCUUUUCCACUACCGAGAAGGCCGCGUCUGCUGCCGAAAAGACGAUACAGUACCCCGGUUGUACGGUAAUGAACUGACCCACCAGUUCCGAUUUGUCAAAAAGCUGCUGAACCUUUAA